UUUCAAAAAAUGGUAUCAGUUAGUGAAGCAGCAAAGGAAUACAGAGCAGUCCUUUCUGACCUGUCGAGGAAUGACAAAACUCAAAUUAAUUUGCUUACAAUUUUGGCAGAGGACUAUGCUUCUUAUUCCAGUGAAAUUGUUGGAGUUAUUGAAGAAUCUCUCUACAAGGUUUGUUUUAAUUUUUAAUUUCCAAAUUGUUGUGGACACUCAAAUUCGUAAUUUUUCUUGAGCUUCACGGCUUAAUUUCUGGGACUUUAAUACUUCCCCGACAGUUCUUAUACUUAAGGCUCUGGCCAUGGUAAUUCUUCGGUUGUCGCCCCCCCUUUUU